CCCAUCCAUCGGUCGGACCGCGGUGACUCAUUGCGCACGGUCAGUCAGUCAUUUAGGGGGCUUGAAUUUUGCGCUUCGCUGUGGAGGAUCGAUACCUCCAAGACCCAUAUUGUGGUGGAAGGCGUGGCUUUGGUGUCACCGACACAGGGCUGCUUUUCCAUAUUCAUUUCUCGGGUUUAGCCUCAUCUCACUGACACGGACGCACAAACGGCACCCCAAGGACCGGGACAUAAAGCGUCUCUCAAGGGAAUCACUCAAAGCCACUGGUAUUGUUUUAUCUUUGGAUUACGACGAUAUUUAAGGAGUGAAACAGAGAAUUCAGAAUGGGAACUAACCCAAAAAGGACAGUGACAGUCCAGAUGGUGCCUCAGCUGGCUGUGGUGGACACGCUGGGCAAUAAGGAGCCUAAUGCCAACUGGACUAAAGAGCCCAACCUCAAACUCUCUCAGGUUUGUCCAAAUCCCGCCCUCGCAUCUCCUGACCACAAACGGGAUAACUCACCUCUGACUGCUUCUCCCACUAACACCAUCCCUCAUACCCAAAACACAGCUUCCAAGGGAGGUGAACCAGUAAGCAGUGCUGUGUCAGAUAAACCAACUAACGGAAAUGAGACAAAGUCAGAGCUUGACAAAGGUGGAGACACACAGAUGCAAGACGUGUCUCCGACUGGCCGAGGUCUGGGUGAGACGGGAGGCGACCAGACGGAUUCUAACGCUAAUGUGAAAAUUUUAAGUCCCGCUGAUGAAAAGAAUAUCUGUAAGGCCGGUGUGUUGCCUGCUCUUUCAGCGUCAAAGGUCGACAUACAGACCAACGACUGCAGGAUAAAAGGGCCGAAUGCAGCAGAGGAGGAGUGUGCAAAGCUGACGGCUAAAGCCACAGCAAAAGAGGACAGUAAUAAACAUGUUUCUCCAAUUAAUAAAAAUCUCAACGCCUGUGAGUUAAGGAAUACAGCAUCUGAACCACAACAUGAUAAUAAAGGGAUUAUUACAGCUCCAAAAAAUAAGGACACAGCAGCACCACAGAAACCUGAAGAGCCUGAUCAUAUACGUAGCUGCUCACAGAGCUCUGUCAGUCCACAAGAGACGGCUAAACCUCCACUUAGCUCCACUACACCUCCAUCUAACAGCAAAGAAGCAGAGGCCGGGUUUACAAAUAAGACUUCAAGUUUAACACAACCUGAGAAGGAUUUAGAGAAACCACAAGUCUCCUCAGAUAAACAUCAGCCGGCGUCUUCACAGAAGGACUCCUCCGCUCUGCCCCAGGCUGCACAAAAUACACCGGCAAAAAACGGACAGGUGUCUGAGGAAGCCAGCCAGACCGGCACAGCUGUGUUUGAAGGGCAGCAGCAGCAAAGCAAGGUGUACAGGGAGGCUUCGACCAUGACCUUAUCCCCGUCAGCCGCCGCAGUCAAGCAGUGUCAUGAUAUGGAGGUUCAGGCGGUGGCUAACACAUGCAGCAAGGCUGUGGCAACAAGUCCCAGCCUGCUGCCUUUCACAGUGCCUCGCAGGCCGAGCGGUGGUGCAGUCCCCAGGGAGGUGGCGCAGAGCCUGGCUGUGGUCUACCAGGUCGACGGCGGGGUGGGACUACAUCAGAUGAACAUGACUUCUUUAUCUGUAACCACUGAUCCAAGGUCAGAGAGACUCACUGUCGAGGCGGAAAUGUGCCCUAACCAAAAUACCGCCAUGGUUUUCCACUCAGAAACUCCGUCCCAGCAGGAAGACAAAAGGCUCGGCGCAAAGCCGAAAGACCCCGGGUCGACCCUCUGCAACACUCAGCCUGUUUAUCAAAUCAACAUCGAACACAGCAACAACAAGGAGCAACAAGCAGAGACAGGAGUUCAGAAAUCUGCAGCAAAACCAGCCACUGCUGAAGCCCCCUGUCUCAAAUCAGAAACGCCCCCAGAGACAGCUGCUGUUACCAAGUCUGGAUCUGCUGACACUAACAAUGCUACGCUGUCUCAGGCCGCUGUUACAGCCAAGCCCAGCCAUGCCAAGCCAACAACAAAAACAACAACAACAACAACAACAACAAAAACAGCACCAAACACCACAUCAAAGCCAGGUCUGACGAAAAAAAAGCCUGAAAGUCCCAAACAAAAGGCUAAAGCUGGUAAAGCCCCGAAGAAGGAUAAAAAGUCAGGCAAAGAGAAGAUGGAGCCAGAGAGAAAGGAAGAAGAGGACGAGCAGAAGCUGAAAGAAAAGAGCGUCCAUGAUGUUGUCUGGGACGAACAGGGGAUGACCUGGGAGGUCUACGGGGCUUCUGUGGACCCAGAGUCUCUUGGUUUUGCCAUUCAGAGCCACUUGCAGUGCAAAAUCAAGGAGCAAGAGAGGAAACUGAUUGCCCAGGUCUCUUUCCGAAAGUCUGUGGACUCGCCGGGACAGAGCAGAAAGAACAAAAGAAGGCAGCAGAACAUUUUCAGGUCAAUGCUGCAAAAUGUCAGACGGCCCAACUGCUGUAUGCGUCCCCCUCCCUCCUCCGUCCUGGAGUAGCGCAGCACAGAGGUAGCCAAUGUCAAACCUUUCCUAGAGGUCAAAAUUUUUGUCCUCCCCUCGUCAUGACUGCAAGUGAAAGCAUUAAUGGGACGAAGAUCCCUCCAAGUAAGUUGUAGCAUAAAGAGUCAAACUAUUUGUGAUGUUUGUGAUGAAGGAAAGGUAGGAAAUAGAAAUAUAAAAAUGAACAACCCAAGACUUAUUUUCUAGUAAUAGAUAUUCUAAAAAAAAAAGGGAAAAAACUUCUAAGAGUUUUUAAAUAACAGAGGCAAUAAUAGUGAAACGCAUGUAUAUUAGUUACAAUGGCAGAUGUGUGACCUAAAAUGAAGUCCAGCCCUUCAAAGUAAAAGGUGCUGCUCACAGGGCAGUCAUAUUACUUACUGUCAGACUAUUUGUGCAAAUAUAUUAAACUAACAUCUCAUUACAUUUGGUGCAUUUGGUAUAUUUGUUUUUGAGGUGUUUUUUGGGGCCCUAUAUUUAUAAGAUUGCUGUAUUUUCUUUUCAUGCACAUUUAUUUUUAGUGAGUGAUUA